ACCCGUGUCUUUUCCAUGUGUUAAAGAUCAGGACUGUCUGUCUGUCAGGACGAAAUGUCUGUCCUUCACAUUUCAACCUAGAGUUGAAACGCUGCAAGCAUGGGGAAAGGGAGUGGUGCUGAAUAUGGAGACGGAAAGAAGAAGAAGAAGAAGGAGCAGGAACUGGAUGAGCUCAAGAAGGAGGUGUCCAUGGAUGAUCACAAGAUAUCAUUGGACGAUCUGGGAAGACGCUACGGAGUCGACCUGGCCCGGGGUCUGACCUAUGCCAAGGCUCUGGAGGUGCUGGCCAGGGAGGGGCCUAACGUGUUGACUCCUCCUCCCACCACCCCAGAGUGGGUGAAGUUCUGCCGUCAGCUGUUCGGGGGUUUCUCCUUGCUCCUCUGGAUCGGUGCCAUCCUCUGCUUCCUGGCCUACAGUAUCCAGGUGGCCACAGAGGACGAGCCAGCCAAUGACAAUUUGUACCUGGGUGUGGUCUUGUCAGCUGUGGUCAUCAUAACUGGCUGUUUCUCCUACUACCAAGAGGCCAAGAGCUCACGCAUCAUGGACUCCUUCAAGAACAUGGUUCCUCAGCAAGCCCUAGUGAUCAGGGAAGGAGAGAAGAUGACGAUCAAUGCAGAGCUAGUGGUGAGGGGAGACCUGGUGGAGAUCAAAGGAGGAGACAGGAUCCCUGCCGACCUCCGAGUCGUCUCAGCCGCGGGCUGCAAGGUGGAUAACUCCUCUCUGACUGGAGAAUCAGAGCCUCAGACACGCACACCGGAGUUCACCCAUGAGAACCCCCUGGAGACUCGAAACAUCGCCUUCUUCUCAACCAACUGUGUGGAGGGUACAGCCCAUGGCGUAGUAGUAGGGACUGGAGACCACACAGUGAUGGGUCGUAUUGCCACCCUGGCCUCUGGGCUGGAGACGGGCCAGACUCCCAUCAACAUGGAGAUCGAACACUUCAUUCAACUGAUCACGGCCGUGGCUGUAUUCCUGGGGGUCAGCUUUUUCAUCCUGGCCAUCAUCCUGGGGUACACCUGGCUGGAGGCCGUCAUCUUCCUCAUUGGCAUCAUCGUCGCCAACGUCCCCGAGGGCCUGCUGGCCACAGUUACUGUAUGUCUCACCCUCACUGCCAAGCGUAUGGCCAAGAAGAACUGCCUGGUCAAGAAUCUGGAGGCUGUGGAGACCCUGGGUUCUACAUCCACCAUCUGUUCCGACAAGACAGGCACCCUGACCCAGAACCGCAUGACCGUGGCCCACAUGUGGUUCGACAACAUGAUCCAUGAGGCCGACACUACGGAGGACCAGUCUGGUGCUACCUUUGACAAGAGCUCGGCUACAUGGCACGCUCUGUCCCGCGUGGCUGGACUCUGUAACCGCGCUGAGUUCAAAGCCGGGCAGGAAAACCUCCCCAUUCUGAAGAGGGACACUGCGGGCGAUGCGUCGGAAUCUGCUCUGUUGAAAUGUAUUCAGCUCUCCUGUGGGUGUGUCCGCUCCAUGAGAGAAAGAAAUGCCAAGGUGGGAGAGAUACCCUUCAACUCAACCAACAAGUACCAGCUAUCCAUUCAUGAACAAGAGGACAAUGAAAAUGGCCACCUACUCGUUAUGAAGGGAGCACCUGAAAGAAUAUUGGACAGGUGCAGCACCAUCUUGAUCCACGGCCAGGAGGUUCCAAUGGACGCCAACUGGAACGAAGCUUUCCAGAGUGCCUACAUGGAGCUGGGAGGGCUGGGAGAGAGAGUUCUAGGGUUCUGCCACUUGCCACUGUCUCCGGCCCAGUUCCCUCGGGGCUUCUCCUUUGACUGUGAGGAAGUCAACUUCCCCAUAAAAGGGCUGUGUUUCGUUGGUCUCAUGUCCAUGAUCGACCCUCCUCGCGCCGCCGUCCCCGACGCUGUGGGGAAAUGCCGCUCCGCAGGGAUUAAGGUCAUCAUGGUGACUGGCGACCAUCCCAUCACUGCCAAAGCCAUCGCUAAAGGCGUGGGUAUCAUCUCCGAGGGCAACGAGACUGUGGAGGACAUCGCUGAAAGACUGAAUAUUCCACUGAGUCAAGUCAACCCCAGGGAUGCAAAGGCCUGUGUGGUGCAUGGAGGGGACCUGAAGGACAUGAGUGCAGAGUACCUGGAUGACCUACUCAGGAACCACACUGAGAUAGUGUUCGCCCGCACAUCACCUCAGCAGAAACUCAUCAUCGUAGAGGGCUGCCAGAGAACGGGGGCAAUCGUGGCGGUUACUGGGGACGGAGUGAACGACUCGCCUGCCCUGAAGAAGGCUGACAUUGGGGUUGCUAUGGGGAUUGCUGGGUCUGACGUCUCCAAGCAGGCUGCAGACAUGAUCCUCCUGGAUGACAAUUUCGCCUCUAUUGUCACUGGAGUGGAGGAAGGUCGUCUGAUCUUUGAUAACUUGAAGAAGUCUAUCGCCUACACACUGACAAGUAACAUUCCAGAGAUCAGCCCCUUCCUCCUCUUCAUCAUUGCCAGCAUUCCCCUGCCCCUGGGCACCGUCACCAUCCUCUGUAUCGACUUGGGCACAGACAUGGUUCCUGCUAUCUCAUUGGCCUAUGAGACGGCUGAGAGUGACAUUAUGAAACGUCAGCCCAGGUGCCCAAAGACAGACAAGCUGGUGAACGACAGACUGAUCAGCAUGGCCUACGGACAGAUAGGUAUGAUUCAGGCUCUGGCUGGUUUUUUCACCUACUUUGUGAUCCUGGCUGAGAAUGGCUUUUGGCCAGAGACCCUGCUGGGCAUCCGUCUGAACUGGGACGACCGUGCCAACAACGAGGUGGAGGACAGCUAUGGACAGCAAUGGACCUACGAGCAGCGGAAGAUUAUUGAGUUCACGUGUCACACCUCGUUCUUUGUGAGCAUCGUGGUGGUGCAAUGGGCCGACGUGAUUAUCUGCAAGACCAGGAGGAACUCUGUCUUUCAGCAGGGCAUGAAGAAUCGUAUCCUGAUCUUUGGCCUGUUUGCUGAGACUGCUUUGGCUGCAUUUUUAUCCUACUGCCCAGGAAUGGACAUCGCCCUCCGCAUGUAUCCCCUGAAGGUCUCCUGGUGGUUCUGUGCCCUCCCCUACAGUCUCCUCAUCUUCAUCUACGAUGAGGUCCGCAAGCUCAUCAUCAGGAGGUAUCCUGGAGGUUGGGUGGAACUGGAGACAUAUUACUAACGUUCAGAAAUGUGUUAUUGUUAAGAUUGAAUUUCUGUGUGUGUGUGAAUGAGUGAGUACGUGUGUAUGCAAGGUCUAGCUAAGCAAAGAACAGCAAAACUACCUUACAAAUUGUAUUUUGUCUUUGAAAAUAACAAACAAGCCUACGUAAUCAGUAAAUCAGAAAAUCAGCCUACAUUACCACUGAAAAUAAACGUAUAUUACCACUGUAACUGCUGCUAGUGUGUGUGUGUGUGUGUGUGUGUGUGUGUAUACACUAAGUGUACAAAACAUUAGGAACACCUCCCUAAUAUUGAGUUGCACCCCCUUUUGCCCUCAGUACAGCCUCAAUUGGUCAGGGUUAUGGACUCUACAAGGUGUCGAACGCGUUCCACAGGGAUGCUGGCCCAUGUUGACUCCAAUGCUUCCCACAGUUGUGUCAAGUUGGCUGGAUGUCCUUUGGGUGGUGGAACAUUCUUGAUACACACGGGAAACUGUUGAGCGUGAAAAACCCAGCAGCGUUGCAGUUCUUGACACAAACCGGUGGACCUGGCACCUACUACCAAACCCUGUUUAAAGGAACUUAGAUAUUUUGUCUUGACCCUUCACCCUCUGAAUGGCUCACAUAAACAAUCCAUGUCUCAAAUGUCUCAAGGCUUAAAAAUCCUUCUUUAACCCGUCUCCUCCCCUUCAUUUGAAGUCAAUUCAACAAGUGACAUUAAUAAAGGAUCAUAGCUUUAACAUGGAUUCGCCUGGUCAUUCUAUUUCAUGGAAAGAGCAGGUGUUCAUAAUGUUUUGUAUACUCAGAGUAUGUGUGUUUUUACAGUAUGUGUGCGUGCUUUGUGUUUGUCUGUCUGUUAUUGCACGGAUCAGUACAAUCAUAGAGGAUAGCGCUGCAAAGAAAGCCUGUAAUUGUGAUUGAUAUUACUGAGUUUUGACAAUAACUACACUGGAAGGACUUUCCAAAACCCAAAUGUCAAACAAACAAGAUGCUGCACAACGGCUGUAGCAUACAGCUAGCAUACAUAGCAUACAGCUAGCAUACAUAGCAUACAGCUAGCAUACAUAGCAUACAGCUAGCAUACAUAGCAUACAGCUAGCAUACAUAGCAUACAGCUAGCAUACAUAGCAUACAAAUUCACCAUACAUUGUUUUUUGCUUCACCAAAUAAAAUGUACUUCAAAAGCCAAACAUUAAUUGCAUCAAUUAUCAGUCCUGAAGGCUAGGGUUCCGUACCAAAUGGCACCCUAUUCCAUACACAGUGCACUACUUUUGACCAGAGCCAUAUGGGCACUGGUCAAAGUAGUGCUCUAUACAGGGACUAUAGGGUGCCAUUGGGACACACAAAGGACAGAUGGGGUGUUGUGUGAAAAUAAAUUGUUCUGAAAUGUGUCUCGAUAUGAAAUAAAGUUAAUCUGAACGAAGCG